ACCCGUUGGAAACUCUUGACUCUUCCUGCUUCUUUCGCGUGGGGCCGAUUGCGGGAUUUUCUGCCUGUUCGACAACAAGCUUGUGAGGUGGAUUGGGCUGAGAGAGAGCGUGACUGGUCCAAGAUUACAUUGCUGGCCUUCAUGCCUAAGUUCUGACAUCCAUCCAUCUGGGACUUCCCAACUUGAAUACAAGGGAUAGGUUUUGAAGAACAGUCAAUUUGGACAAUGUAUCUUACACAAGCCAGGAAUUAAUGUGUCAGAACUGCAUGUCCUCUGCAGCUGGAGACGACCGGUCUUAUACUUCCUGAGGGACAAACUCCUGCUUGUUGAAUCACAUGACUCCCUCCACGCCUCACAGAAGUUGUGGUGGAAGAAGAAGCGCACAACAAUGCUGGUGAUUUCAACUCUAGCAUUUGUGAUCACUCUGCUUGGACUAUCUAGGACCUCAGAGGCAGCCGUAGCUGCUUCUAAAAGAGAGAAUGAUCACUGGGGUAAGAAUCAUGGCAGGAUUUCGGAGGUACCACAACAGAAAGUAGAACAACAGUUGGAACCCCUGUUGCUGUCUAAGCAAUGCAACAUCCCUCCAGACAGCCGCUUUGACUGUGCCCCAGAGAAGCUUCUAUCUCAAGAUGAUUGUCAAGCUCGGGGAUGUUGUUAUGUCCCGGGCUUUUCCAAAGAGCCAUGGUGCUUCUUUCCUACCAAUUACUCUAGUUACAAGAUGACAAACCUAAUUGCCACCCAGACUGGCUACACUGCCCAUUUGGUCCGCAGUGUCCCUUCUUUCAUGCCAGAUGACAUCAUGUAUGUGCAGCUGGAUGUGAUCUUUGAAACCAAGGGAAGGCUUCACUUCACGCUUAAGGAUCCAGCUAGGAAACGCUAUGAAGUUCCUUUAGAAGCCCCCAAGACCACCAGUCGGGAAUCCUCAACUCUCUAUUCUGUGCAAUUCUCUGUUGAUCCCUUUGGCCUCAUCAUUUUUCGACAGUCCAAUGGCCAAGUUCUGCUGAAUACUACUGUGGCUCCUCUAUUCUAUGCUGACCAGUUCCUUCAAAUCUCCACUGCUCUGCCAUCAAGUUUCAUCUCUGGACUGGGUGAACAUCUGACCCCUCUUACUCUGAAUGUCAAUUGGACCAAAAUUACUUUGUGGAAUCGGGACAUAUCACCUGUGCCCUCUGCCAAUUUGUAUGGUUCACACCCCUUCUAUGUGGCUUUAGAAAAGGGUGGCUUGGCCCACGGAGUCUUCUUACUGAACAGCAAUGCAAUGGAUGUGUUACUGCAGCCCAGUCCAGCUCUGACAUGGAGAACUACAGGGGGUAUCUUGGAUUUCUAUGUCUUCUUGGGUCCAGAUCCAAGCAGCGUGGUGCGCCAGUAUAUGGAUGUUAUUGGCUACCCAUUCAUGCCUCCUUAUUGGGCUCUCGGAUUCCAUCUCUGUCGUUGGGGAUACACUUCCACUGCUGUUACUCGGGAAGUGGUGAAAAACAUGACCGCAGCUCUUUUUCCUCUGGACGUACAAUGGAAUGAUCUGGAUUAUAUGGAUGCUAAGCGAGACUUCACCUUCAACAAGGAUGGUUUCAGGGACAUGCCAGACAUGGUGAAUGAUUUUCAUCAUGAUGGCCGGAGGUAUGUCAUGAUUGUGGAUCCAGGGAUCAGCAGCGCCAGCCCCCCUGGCAGUUAUCGGCCCUAUGAUGAAGGCCUGAAACGGGGAGUCUUCAUCGUAAAUGCAACAGGACAACCUUUGAUUGGAAGGGUUUGGCCAGGGCCCACUGCCUUCCCAGAUUUCACCAACCCAGAGACUCAACUGUGGUGGUAUGACAUGGUCAAGGAUUUCCAUGACAAAGUUCCCUUUGAUGGCAUGUGGAUAGAUAUGAAUGAGCCAUCAAAUUUUGUGGAUGGUUCCUUGGAAGAUUGUCCAAACAACAAGCUUGAGAACCCCCCAUAUGUACCAG